CUUUUUGUCCUUUCCCUCUUGUUCCCACCUCCCUACCUCCCUUCAAAUAUGAGCGUACACUGAGUAGGCUUCCUGAUUGUAGUUCUCAGGAAUUUUAGGGUGGGUGGUAUGGUAGCGAGGCAAGAGUGUGCGCACACUCACACAAAUGUACCAGGUAGAAGUAAAGCAAUACCCAAGGUCAUUGGUGUGUAAAAAACCACAUGACCUGACUCUUCCACUCCCAUGACACCUUUCCAUUCUCCCCACCUCUGUCGGCUGCACACCGGGCGGUGACGCAGUGGCAGCAACAAGUGUCAGGUGUCUCUCAGGGUUUCAUAAAAAGACUUUGUCAACGGAAGUUCGCUCAGGUAAGACGAAACUAAAAGGUUAGCAACAGAACCUUAACUUCUUUUACAGCGUGAGAAAGUAUAUACUUUGGAAAAUGAGCGCGCGAGUGUUUAGAUUCAAGUUUUAUCUUAAUUAAGCACGUGCACCUAGUCAGUCUCGCUAAUAAAGAGUCCACUGUCCUCAGGCCGAGUUGAUGCUAAACCAGUCCAGCUACUAACUCUGUAGUCUAGUUUUCUCUCUAUUUAUCCCAGUCUCUUAACAUUAAGAUUAAACGAGAUAUGAAAGUUUACAUUUCUAUUUAUUGUAAACAAUUAACGCUUGUCGCUCAAAGUCACAGCCUUUAGUACACAGGUCGUAUAUUGUAACACACCUGACAUAUCUCCUACAAUAACAUGAUGUCCUAUUAACAGGGCUGCCACUCUUGAGCAUGACUCAUAACAGUUUUUAUUAUGAAGCCUCACAGCUGAUUGUUCAGGUCGAACUCAAUUAUCUUUUAAGAAUGUAUGCUUUUGUAUUUUAAUCAAUUAUUGCCUGUAAGAUUAAUCAUGUGUUAAGAAUUGCAUGCUCCUCCUUCAGCAUGAGUCAGACUGUAUUUCCUGCCUGUGUUGUGGUUACUUGUUGUUAAGGGGAACUUGUUGAUAAAAUUUAGGGGUUAAAGUCAGGAUCCCCCUUUGUGAUAGGUGAUGAGGAUGAAGCAAAAUGCUAGAGUAUUAGAUUUUUAAAGUUCCUUUUUAAGAUAGCCUGUCAUUAUCUUAAGACUGUCUCUACUGAACCUUUGACACCUCUGUAGAGGCUGUGUUUGAGUUGUGAUAUUUUAUCAUUAUUUAUUAUUUGGAUCUGAUCAAUAGUCUUUAAAUUCAAAGUCAAAAUACAGAGCAGUCUGCAGAGUAAGGCAUUGCAUUUCUUGCCUUUGGCUUCCAUAACAAGUAAUGGAAAGAGUCAGCGCCUAAUGCCUUGAGACUGUUCUCAGAAAUAAGUUAAGCGUUCUAUGGCCUCACCCUGUUCUUUAUUCAAGUCCGAAACAUUUCCUGUUUUGUAUAGAUUUUCAGAUGGUAGCACAUUUCACCAUCUGUACUUCUUGUCCGCUAAUGUAGAAUAACCUGAAUUUGAUUCACGACCCUUAUUUGUUUUGCCUGUUUUUCUAAGUUACUCUGGAUUUCUUUAGCAGUUUAAGGAUAUGCAAAUGAGAGUGGACUGGCCACUCAGUUUCAUCUGUGUUGUCCCUGGGAAGGACUUGUGAUCUUUCUGGGGUGUGUACCUUACAUGUCAUAGGUACAGUCUUCAGAACAACAUGCAGUCCCCCCAAAGAUCUACCAAGAAAGCUCUCUAAUGAGCAAACUAACAUGGUUCUCAGAUUGCAGUUUUUGUGUGCUUGAACAUAUAGAAGUAUUUUACAAUAUCUGUGCCCAACACUGCAGAAAAGCUAAUCAAUAGUGGAGGUAAUCUAACCUGCCCAUCAGGACUGAAAACCUGUAGCAACAGUAAACAGCCUCAAGCUUGUUAGAUGAGAACAUCCCAGUCAAAGUAACAGUGCAGAGUCCAACCAUGUUUUUUUUUUUUUUUUUAUAUCAAUCCUCUGAUCUGCCCUAUAGUAACACCAGACCAAUAAAACAUUACAUUAAACAGAUACAUUAAUGUAUUAUUGAACUUUAUAUUGAAAUAAAGUCAACUAGAUAUUCCACUCUUAUAGACUGGAUUUUCUGUUAGCGAUUUAUAGUCAGAGAUAACUUCAUAUGGUUUUGUCUCAGUUCAGAUAUUGCUGAAAUUCAGUCCAAAGUCCCUUCACUACAUGUCACUAGUGUUGCUUUCAUCUGGGCUGUGAUGUAAUGGGUGCACCUGGGUGAAAAGCACGAACAGUAAGAGAUCAUUAACUCUCGAGUGGUGCCCAGUGGUGAUUACACAUGGCCAUAAUAUACUGUCUGAGCACUGAUAAAGGGAUUCAUAGCCUGACAUUUCAGUCGUCUAUGGACAUAAAGUUUAUCAAAGGCCUGUUAUCUGUUUGUGACUCUCAUUUCUUGGUUUGUGUUUGUUGUAGUGAUGUAAAGGAAAGAUCAUAUUUGUUACGUCGUGUGGUUUUGGGUCUCAAAUUACUCUUCUCUGUCAUAAAGAUAAUGUGCUUAUGCUGAGGUUUGCUGCGUGUAGUUUGUCGUUUUAUCUUGGCGAUCAAGCGGCAUGAGCUGGUGUUCGAGUUUGAACACGUUGACCUGUUUGUUUGAAUGCUUCACUGUAUGCGUACAUGUGUUCAAGCACCCUUUGGUAUGUAGUUUCACUCAGGUAGUGGGGAGAGACAGGGGGUAAAUUGACCGAGAGGAUGGUGAAAAGUUGUAAAGCAGUGAUCUCAGACAGCAAAGAGUUCCUCUGCAUGCACAAACAUGGACUCUGGCAGGAGAGUCUCCUCAAGUUAGACUUUGUUCUUCUGUACCCAUUUAGAACAACCGUUUUGGAGAUCUUGGGAAUUUUGCCACACGGUUUUGUCUUACAACUCAAACCUUUAAGUUUCCUUUUGCUUGAGAAGUCAUUAAGAAGCCAUGAGUUUCUACUGUACUUGUAAGGCCAAUUACUGUCAAUUCUGAUAGUAUUUGUAUUUCAGGUGUCCAGAAAGCUCCCAGAGAUGGAGAGCGGUCCCUUCAAUCGACGGUCAUGGGCGACACAGUCCUUGCGUGUCACUGCAAAGGAGCUAUCACUGAGCGGCCGUGGGAAAAACAAUGCCAUCGCUGAACGCUUCUCCAAGUGAGUAACAUUUGGUUUUCUUUGGAUCUUUAUCGCUGAAAAUGUAAAUAUUGAAUGUUUUGACAGCAUGCUAUAAUUGCUUUGCCUGGUACCUUCCCUCGGCAGCAUAUACAAGCAUUUGAAAUCGUUAAAUAGGAAAAAUACAUCUUAACGCUUCUGCAGGUCAUUGAGUCAACAGUAUCGUUUAAGUCUCGUGUUUCAUUAUCAGCUUUUAAGUACUUACGUGAGCGUUAAAAAUGCUUCGAGCAAAAUUUAAGUCAUAUUUUAGCUUCUUAAAACUGUUCUUGAAUUUCUCUUUCAUUCGCCGAUGAACUAUUGAAGAUUAAUGAAUGUUUUCAUAUGAUUUACAAACCUUGAUGCAAGAUGUAUUAAUUAAUUUUAUUUUUAUGAGAUAAAAUAUAAUUUACAGUAUUAUACCCUAAAAUACAGUUAAAAACAGCAUGUACCUCUAAACCUGUGGCAAAUAUUGAUGGAACUAAAAAGAAGUAAUAUUUGAAUGAACUGUAAGCUGAAAUCAAAUGUGAAGGUAACAACCCAAAAGUGAAUAUCUCACAAAGCUGUUAAAGAACACCUAUUGUUUUGUCAAGUGUCCCAUAUUUCAUUGUUUGUGGUCAGUCAGCAGAGGUCAGUGUUGUGUCUGUCUGUCUGACUGUCUAUAUCUCUGUCCUUCUCAGGUACCAGAAAGCUGCUGAGGAGGCCAGUGCAGAGAAGAAAAAAGGAGUAAGUAUGUCUGAGACACUUUAGGACUGAAGUUGUUAUUGACAAAUCAAGGAUAGACCCCGUUGACAACAUUUUGAUAAGCCUUUCUCAGCAACGCACUUGAUUACAUGACUUUGUGCACACUGCAUGUUUUGCCUCAUUUGCUCAGCCACUUCUGCUGGUGCUGAACUAAUUAUUGCAUGAAAGGAUAAGGGGUAAACACACGUACAGUAUGUGCGUGCACGCACACACACACACACACACACACCAUGCCAACACACUGUCUGAGCCACAUGUCUUGUCUAUACUGAUCUCUUAUUGGCCACUUGUUGCAAUAGGCAGCCUAUAAAACCCAUAAUCCUGCUACAGUGUAAUCCUCCUGCAGUGCUCUCUGUAGGUCCAUCCUUUGUCACUUUGAAACACUGAUUAAGAAACCAGGACUGACAUUAUAUGAGGAACUGAUCAGCAAACGCUAUGAGGAAAUAUAAGGUAAUUCAGCUGUGGAUGUAGAUGAUAAAUCUGGGGGUUGUUUACAAGUUUGUGAGUAAGAGCCAGCUGCUUUGAAGCUUGUCAGUGUCUGCAGCCUCUGUCUAAUGAGCUACAAUUAAUGAAAAUGACAGGAAAACUGUUAUUUUACACCUGUAGAAGCAUAUUAUAACCAAUUAUGACUCAAUAUUUGCCUAAAUUACUUGCAAAAUUGAUUGAACAGAACUUUAAAGAUGCUCUAGAGGCAAAUUUCUCUCUGCAGGUGGAGGUACUUCUGCACUUUUCAGGAUAAAUCAUCAGAAACCUUUAAACUAUUCAGUCAACAAACGUGUGUGAAAAUGUGUUGAUGCCAUUUUUGUAGAGAUAUAGAAGUCUAUUUAAUAUUUUGUGGAUUAAACCCAUUCCCUGAUGUGUCUGAGGCAUGUGUGAGUAAGGGGUGCGAGGGACCAUCUGUUUGUCUGAACGUGUUUGUGCGUGUCUUGGGAGAAGGGGGGGGGUUGGGUCUUCUUACACAUGAAUGAUUAGUCUAUCAGAUAGACAAAGAAAAACAUACAACUUUAGAAAUAUCUACAGAAGACGAGAACAGCCAUGGGAUUUCUUUAUCUUUAUAUCUUGUUAUAACGACUUAUUAUCUCGACAUAACAAAGUUCGUUUUCUCGUGAUAACAGAAAUGUUGUGAAGCCUACCUAAAACGGUUACUUUUAAAAACGCCCUCUAGAUUGUGAUAUUUCUAAAACGCAGCAGCCACCGUUGUCAACAGCAAGCCAGGGUUUCAAUGAAAACGCUGAUAAUGCUUUUAAUGUGGGAACAUUUCAAUUCAAUUCAAUUCAAUUAUUUUAUUCGAUUAGCAUUUAAAAUCCACCCACAACAGAUACAUAGUAAAUUUCAAAAGCAUCAUAAAGCUAAUCGAAAAGGUGUAGGCUGAAGCUCAUGCUUAUUUUGCCUACCCUUUUUACAAAAAAACAAAAACUUUAGCAAGGCGACUCUUUAACUACAUUUAACCGCCAUGUGCGAAUUGGACAACAACAGUAACAAUGGCGGACACAUUAUUAAUUUAUUUGUUAUCGCAAAAAACAAUCUUUGUUAUGUUGAGAUAACGAGAUAAUUAGCCCUUAUCAUAAGAUAACAGUGCAUAAAAGAAACCCUAAAAAUAUUUGCCGGUAAGUUUGACACACAGAAUCUGAGGAAUGUGUUCUUGUUGUCAUCAUCGUUGCCGUAAAAGUUAACAAAAAGGCCUGUUCCUGCAACAAAGUUUUUGGGAAUUGUUUUCACUCUGGAAAAAAAAGACAUAUUCAGUAAACAUGCUCUUCUUUUAGCAUUUACCAGCUGUGCUCAGUCCUCCAGCUCCUCUGACUAGUUUAUCUGUCACCGGUGACCACAACCUUCCAGAUGGGAAAGACACAGUGGUCUAUAUUCAUUGUACUCUGCGAAGAAUAUGUUGUCAAGGUGUCUUUAUCCAUGGGCAGUUCGUACAAGAUUAGUCUCUCUUUUACAAUGAGUUUCAACUCCUUAAUACUAACCUUCUGCAGCUCUGUGAAUCUGACGUGACACUCCUUUUUAACUGUCGUAGAGCAUAAAUUAGUCAGAUUAUAAUCUUUACUCUAUAUACUUAAACCUGGUGUAUAAUAAACAUAAUAAAACCAUAAAUGGUUGGUGUAGAAAACUCUGUUCAAAACUAAGUUACUACUCAUCUCUGCUAUUAUGUCUUCAUUUAUUUAGUGACUUUUGCUCUUUUUAUCAAGUUACUCAGUGGUUCAUUCUUCUAAAAUCUUCUGUCCGGUUUGUAAAGGUAGGGGCUAUGAAGUAGUGGACCUUUUCUCUUCAGGAAUAAGAGGAACUAUUUCACCCACACAGUAAACAAAGAGUUAACUUUUCCCUGAGUGUAUCAUUUCCUGCUCUGGUUUCCUGGGUAUCUGACCACCCUCUCUCUCUCUCUUGCUCCCUCCCUCCCUCUCUUUCAUUCACCCUCCUGCUGUUAAAGGGGCUGGACUCGCUCUCAUGAACACUUUCUGACUAGCUGCAAACAUCUGGGAGAGCUGGACCUGUAGAAAGACUACCACAGGACUCUCUCUUUCUGAACUGUCUUGUUUGUGGUCCUGAACUCUAGCGCAUUCACAGCCGAGGUUUCUUUCUUUAUUUUUCCCCUUUUUUUUGUUUUACUUUUUGCGAUCAAAAACAGGAACAAUCUUGCCACUGUCCAACACUCUCCAUUCACCCGGACCUGCUUCACAAAGACAGUAAUUGUUUGCCUGUUUUUUUUUUAUAUCCACUUGGGUGUCUUUGUCUCUUUUGAACAGUUCUUCAUUCUUAAGGCCUUAUUUUUAUUCUUUAUGUUCUCAAGUUUAUCUGUCUGUUACACUGUCUGUCUCUGUGCACGAUCAAAUAACUAAAUUGUAGAUACAUUAAUACACUAGGUUACCAAACUCUUUUGAAGGCUAAAUGUUUGUUUAAAAUGAUCUUAAAGUGACGGUUAAAAAAGGAUUUGUAAUUUUGAUAAUGUGUUACAUAGAAGUGUAUUUUAAUGACACACCCUCAGGUGGGUCAAUUUCUCAUGUAAAUGAAAUUCUCACAAUUGCUCACGUUUUUUUUUUUUGAGGGUUCAUUGGUGAACUCGUAAACUUGUAUGGUUUAUCUAAAUGUCCACGUCCUCUUUCUCCAAAGUUUAAUUCCUCUUUUUUUAAAAUAAGGGAAGUUUCUGGUGGUCACACAGCAGCAGCAGCAGCAGCAGCAGUAGUGUGCCUGGUGUUCUGUUGUUGCGAUUACGGCUGUACAUGCUGUGUGGACAUGAAUGGCUGGGUGUUAAACAGAGCCCUUCCAGCGUCUUUUUGGAAAGGUGAAGUUUUCUUGUGGAAGGAAUGCAGCCAGAGGAAAAGAAAAACAUGCUGAGCUCUGCCACCUUCAUCUUGAGCGGGUUGUUUUUUCUCUCUGCAGCUUCAGAAAAACACUCACUUCCUGGUCCAGCUUUGAACAGCUGUUCACCUCAUCUGUCAGAAGCCAAAAUCUGAUCCCGGCAUUUCCUUUCUUCCAUGUGCUGAGCUGAGCGCUUAGCACUGCACAUGCUCUGUUGCCAAGAGGAAAUAGUUGAAUAAUUCUGGAGUGACACUAGCUGAGGAAGAACAGUUGGCCUUCUCAGCACUUGAUUGACGUUUUCACUUUAAGUUCAGCCUCAAACUAUUUGUCACUCUUUCUCACAGGCUUCUGAGAGUGCAUCGCCCUCUCUGCGAUCAGCCAACCUGAGCGCUCUGAAGAAGCGAUGGGAGCAAAGAGGCAGCAACGAUAAGGACAAGUCUUCCUCAACCCCUAUUCCAACCUUGUCCAGCAUCCGCCGCAGACCUCCUGCUCUGAGCAAACCUCCAUCUAUCACUGAGCAACCUCCUCCGGUGAAGAGUCCUACUGUCCCAACCGACCAAGAAGGUCAGCCUGCAGAGCCAACAGUGAGCAGAGGUGAAGAAGAGAGAGGGAUGGACAGGGAUGAGCUGACGCACAGAGACAGACCUGAAAAGCUUGAUGAGCAAGUUCCAACCAGCCCCCGUGCCUCUUAUGAGAAAGCCAGGGUGCCACUGAACAACCUGAAGAUGAAGUUUGAGAGGAGAGAGAACGCCACGGGCAAGGUAACUGUAGACACACUCACACACAGUAAGCUCUGUAUGAACAAAAAUAAAUACAGAAGAUCUCACUUGAUCAUUAUUUAAGUAGCAGCAGAAACUCUCAGUUGUGCACACAUUCCUCUGUUGGCUCUUUAUUUAUUUACAGCUCUGACAGCUGCGCAUCUAUCAGUCGUGUUUCUCAGGGAAUUUACUGUGACCACCGUGUUGACCAGUGGGAUUAAGUGUACCGAGGGUAUCUCUCAAUCGUGGCCAAUUGUAUGUUACAUAAUCAGAAGCUACUUUUUCAACAAAAAGACCAAACAACUUCUUCAAGCAAGGCUGAUAAGGUUGAUCCAAGUUAUCCUAACAGCCAAGACACAAAAGUUAAAAUUAGAAAUACAGCAUAUAACAAAACAAAGAAGGGGAUGCAAAUUCGAAGUAUUCUCCAUGACUGACCUUUGGAAAAAUUUGGUGAUCAUUUUUUAAUUAUUCAUGAAAAAGACUCUUGAAUUGUCCUGACAUAAAGGAUACUGAAUGCAUUUUCCCUAAUUCCUUACUAUUUAUGCCAACAGAUUGGAUCAAAGAUGGUAUUCCUAAGCGACAGAACAUAACAGUACAUACAAGUUGUUAAACACACCGGAUAUCAACAUGCAGAGCAGAUCUAAAAAACGAUGACUCAGUAUAGACUAAACUCAGAUGACUAAAUGAAGAAUUGCUGCAACAACAAAACUGAACAGAAAACAUAUCCAGACUCACAGUGUCCAGUUUUUUACUCAGUUGUUCUUAUUGAGAAAAAUAAGCAUGUCCACAUGGCCUGUUGUCAGUCAGCACAACUGGGGAGCACAACUGGGUCAAAAUGGGUCCAGGGGGCUGAAAACACGUUCAGACAGCACCCGUGUUUGCAGAGAGUAACGGUGUGCCAGCUUUGCUGCACUGUGGGAAAUCUCUCUGUAUGUUCUUUUCUCAACCUUUGUCUCUGCUUUGUAAGUGGCUGAUGGUGAGUAUCGUUUCGCCAGACAGAGAGCAUCGGCCGCAUGACCGCAGCCGUAACCCAGUGAGUCUGCUGUGUGCAACACCUUUAACCAGUUGGUUUGCAUUGAGACAUGCUUUAAGCUUAAUAUAGCAUGAAACCACACACUGUUCAUCUCUGCCUGAUAGAAAACAGACAGAAAUAUACGUAUUCAAGUAUAUGCAAAUUAAUAGCUAACACCCCUGUAUUAGAGAUAAGCCAAAAACUAAGCAACAAUCUUCAGAAUGGAUGCCCAAACAUGAUUAAAAAAAAGACAAUUUCAAUACUGACAGUAUAUUGGAAAAGUAUACAAAGUGCAUUUAUUAACAGUAACAUUUAUGACCUACAAAGUAACAUCUACUCUCUACAGCUAACUGAUUAAUCAUUGAAUAAUCACCCAAGACAUUUGAUCCAUAUUUUGCUUAUAAGCGAGUAUUAUACAACACGCUGUAACUGUCCUUCCCAGGUUUUUUCUCUUUUUUUCACUCUGAGUACUUUGUCCUUCCUGAGUUUUGCCCAUCUUUCUCCCACCUGUGUCUGCCCCCCUUCUUCUUUAUGUCUCCCCCUUUUCGGCCCACAACAAUCCUCCACUCUUCACCGUCCUCAGCUGAGGAAUGCAGGAACAUUCCUGACCUACGGCUGUUUCGGUCCUCAGACAAUCACCUCUAAGGAGCGAACAGUCUUUGUCUUACUUUGGGCUUAAACCACUGUGUAUAUUCUUGAAGUUCAAAUAGUCUCAAGUGGGAGAUUUGGUUUUUGAUUUGUAUGUCACUGUGUGCAGAUUUGGUCUUUUUGGGGAUACUAAGUUGUAUGAUUAAAAACAUCACAUCACAUCCACACUUAGACGGUGAGGUGUAAAAGACUUAAAGGCUAAACUAAGAGCAUUGUUGUUCCUCUGCUCUCAUCACUGUCUGAUGAGGUUCAAUAACUUUUUCUUCAGCUCAGGAAAAGAAAUGAAGUAAAGUUGGUUUUAAUUGGCUGAGAUGUUUUCCAGGUUUGAGGAUCACUGCUGAGAGAGACUCUGGUAUAACCAUUAUUGUCCUUGACACGUGGGCACACAAAAACUCACACACUUCAGUUGAAGAGUUUUGGUCGCUGGACUGAGAGUCCAAGGCAUGUUGCUGGCUGUUCAAGCAGAUACUUGACAUUUUUUUCUGCCCUUAUUGCAGUGCUACUGAGACGGAGUCUAUAGUUGGGUGUUUGGAAAGAAUGCUAAAAUGACCUUCUUAUGACAAAGGCUGAACAUUUGAUCAGGAUAGGUGAAACAGAGGACAACUGUAGAUACAGUGGCUCUAGAUGGAUUUAUUUUAAACUAUUCAUAAGUGUUUAAUUCAAUGUAGGAAACUAUAAAAAACAUAAAUGAAAAUUUAGGGAACUAUUAAAGGGAUAUUCCGGCGUAAAAUGAAUUUAGGGUCAAACACAGUGUAACACAGAGUUAGACGCCCCGUCGAGAGAUGAAUGUUGCCAACUGCUUGCUUCUCUAGUUAUACCAAUUUUAGUAACCAUCGCACAAAAGCAAUACACAGCGAUCUGAGGAGCCAUAAACAAACCUCAACCAACCAGCCACUCUAUAGCCACAAAUAAUGAUCAGAACAGCACCUAACUUCAUCAACAGUACAUAUAGGGUCCCAGCCAUAGUACAAGCCACCAAACAUCUUUUUAUCUUUGCCUGAUUUCUUUAGCAAAGAGACUAAACACAACUCACCCACUCUCUUCCAGCAGCCGCUUGUUUGUACAGGGACCUCGGGCCAAUCCGUUGCAGACUAAAGCGGGGUGACGCAGCUCAAGGAAUAACAUUUAUGAUCAUUUCCUUGAAGUAAUAUUCAUCAUUUUGCACUGCAGACGCGGUAGUUCUUCUGCCUUAGUGUCUCGGUCUGAUUGCAUUUCCAUGAAGAAAUGAUCAUAAAUGUUCUUCCUUGAGCUGCGUCACCCCGCAGCAGUCCGUAAUGGACUGGCCCGAGGUCUCGCUACAAACAAGUGGCUGCUAGAAGAAAGCAGGUGAGUUGUGUUUAGUCUCUUUGCUAAAGAAAUUAGGCAAAGUUAAAAAGAUGUUUGGUGGCUAGUACUAUGACUGGGACUCUAUAUGUACUGUUGAUGAAGUUAGCUGCUGUUCUGAGCAUUAUUUGUGGCUAUAGAGUGGCUUUUUGGUUGAGGUUUGUUUGUGGCUCCUCAGACUGCUGUGUAUUGCUAUCUGCGGUCGUUAAUAAAGUUGAUAUAACUAGAGAAGCAAGCGGUUGGCAACAUUCAUCUCUCGAGGAGGUAUCUAACUCGGUGUUACGGUGUGAUUGACCCUAAAUUAAUUUUACCCCGGAAUAUCCCUUUAAGGCUCGUAAUUGUCAUUUAUGAGAUCACAACCUCCUUAUAAUCUUCUACCCUCUCAAAAUAAGGCCUCUCACCAUGUUUUAAAUCACAGCCCUCUCUUGUGUUGGAUGCCUGUUCAGUUGAAAAAAAUAAAAAUAAAAAAACGCAGAGCUUCACUUCAUUAUAUCAUAAAAACCUCUUGUGUUUUUUAUGCUCUGAGCCAAAUAGACCAGAGAGGAUAUAUAAAGUUUUAAGAUUAAAUAGAACCAAACUGAAUUCCCCUCUUUACAGCAGUAUGAAGAUCAUUUGAACCAGUAUGUCCUUUGUGUGGACAGACUCAAGCAUGUCCAUAAAAGAUUAGAUAUGAAUCUAAAAGCAGUCUGUGCUUCAUGGUGAUCAAAGAUUUAUAGUAGCAUUUGUUUCUCUGAAAGACAGGAAGGCAGUAAAACUUUGCCCUGUUGAAAAUGUUGCAGAUAAAAAAAAAGCUAUUUGGCUAAAAAGGGAGGAGAGUUGGUGCAAACAAAGUUCACAGCUGUAGUUUUGUAAGCUAGAUUUCUUAUUUCAUUUUUUCUAUUUCACAGGUUGGCAGGACAACGCUACGCAGUAAUUCUUCUGAGGACAUGGAUCAACAUGGUAAAGAGAAACACGAACAUUUUCCUUAAAAAUGAUGAAACAAACAGGUUUAAAUUCAUUUUUAUCUUAAUAAUCAUUUUUGAGUCCAAAGUUCAUCAUCAGGCCCUUGUCUUGAGACAUUUGAUCCUUUUUGUAGUGCUGUUCACUGUUUGACACAACUGGAGUUUGAUUUAAACAUCUGGACUGCAGAGCAACACCGAAUUUUUACAGCCACAUUUUUCCUGAGUUUAAAUGUUGAAGUGUAAAUGUUUUAUUUUAGGUUUGUCUGUGUCUAAACGAGUGAUCGAUUCAACAUCCAUGAAGGAGAAGUUGGCGAAGUUCCAGGCCUCUGUUUCUAAACAUAACAACGAUGUCUCUGUGAGUAUAAGCAGCUGAAGACAUGCUCAUUGAAGAGUACUAUAAAUGUGCUUGAAUACAAAUGAAUCCAAGUUUUUACAGUGAAAGGUUUAAAAAGUUUUUGUCUGAAGACACCAAAAUAGAGAUUAAAACACGAGGAAGUAUUUAAAGAAAUAUCAGAGGGUUGUAAACGUUAUAUGUUAACAAAUAUUUUUUCUAAUAACCAAAUCUUUUAAAGAGACAAUUUUCAUAGAAUCUCUUCGCUGUAAUAGUUUUGCAGUAAGUUAAAGUGUGAUAAAAUGGGAUUUAAGUGUCUUUUGCCAAAUUAUCCAUCCUAAUAAAAACUAAUACUGUGUCUAUUCUGAUACAUAAAGUGUGAGUGUUAACUGAGCUUUGUUAAGAUUUGUUAAAAAAGAGAUGUUAAGUCUACAUAUAAAAGUAAUGUCACGUCAUGUUUUAGUGGUCUCUCUGUUUUACCCCUUUCUGUUCCUGUUAAUGUUUCUACAUUGUUUGCAUUUUUCCUUCCUGUCUGCUCCAGAAAUAGGUAAAAAACCACAACAGGUUAUUAUGUAGGAGCCAGUUCACAGAAGUGUUUGUUUUCUUUUCCUCUUUGACAUUGUGUGUCCGGCAGGGUGUGGCCUCAGAGGUGCCCGCUCCAAAAACAUCUGCGGCAGUAAAUCAGAAACACAGUCCCGCCCCUGAGUGCAACGGUAAGUCUAACAACUUAUCAAAGCCCACAGUGGAAACAGAACGAAAUGUAAUAAGAAAUGUUGAGAAGAACUUUUUCUAAGAAAGUAAGGCGACACAAGUUUGUUUGAGAGUCUCUUGAACCUCCAGAGUACAACAGGAUAACUCUUUAUGUGCUUUGUUUCUUUCAGGAGAAAACAGUGAACAACCAAAGGCACCAAGGGUAAGCACAUUGUUACAACAAGCAGAAAAAAAUCCAUAAAUCAUUCAAAAAUGUUCAAAAGUUAAAAAAUGGAUUUAUUAAUUUAUCGUCUUUGUGUGUUUUUAAGUUCUGCCCUCCAGUGAGAGAGAGCUGUAGUGCGUGUUUGAAGACGGUAUAUCCCCUGGAGAGACUGGUGGCUCUUAAAAACGUCUAUCACAAAAGUUGCUUCCGCUGUGUGCACUGCAGCAUGAGACUCGGGUAACGCACACUUUUGUCAGCUUUAUUUGUUGAAACUGUGUCUUUGAAUCUGUGCUGCAAAUUCCUCAUAGAAGUCAUUGGCUGCCUGUUUGGAGGAUUCAAAACCAAAUGAUCUGUGUUGUCUCUUUUUCCAGUCUAGGGAACUACGCCUCUCUGCAUGGUAACGUUUACUGCAAGCCCCAUUUCAACCAGCUGUUCAAAGCCAAAGGAAACUAUGACGAGGGCUUUGGCCACCGGCCCCACAAGGAGCAGUGGGAGCCUCGAGCCGAUGAAGAGGAUGACAAAGGGGUGAAGCCAAAGGAACAAGAGGAACCUGCAGCAGUGACAAGUCCAACUGAGAGUGUCUCGGACAAACCACUAACCCCAGCUGAGGAGACGUCCCCGCAGGUGAAAGUCACAGACCUGACUGCGGCCCUGGAGACGCGUGUGAAGACACAAGUAAGCUUUGGUGAGAAACCUCAGUCUACAGAGAGGCUGGCGGAGACACGCAGGCUCAGGAUUGCCUGGCCUCCCCCAGGAGGUGAGAACCAACCCGGGGCUGUAGUCCUCAGUCCGGUCACAGAGGGGGUCCCCCCUGGCCGAUCACGGAGAGCCAAGUGGCCCCCAGAGGAUGAGGUCCAGUCAUCCUUCCAGAGUUCAGAGCGGGCUGAGCUGAAGGGUGUGAGGAGGAGCCAGUCUCUAAAGGAGCGCUGUCGACCUUUUACAAUCGCAGCCAAACCCAGUGUCACACCCAGUGCGGGCCCCAAGGAGCCUCGGCGGCCACUCAAAUCCCUCCUGGAGUGGAGAAAAUCUUUUGAGGAAAAACAAUCAUCUGAAGAAGCAAAGAAGGAAAACAAGCCGGAUCUUCACCAGGUAGAAAAACAGGAAGAAAAAAAAGAGCUGAGUGAAGAACCACUGAGCAGAAGAGCGACCGUAUCAGAAGAGGAGGAGACUCCACAGCAGAAGAAAAGUGACAGCCCACCAGAGGGAGUCGAACCUUCAGCAGACAAGGUGGCAGCAGAAGAUGGCAUCUCACCUGGUGUCUCACCAUCCCCCUCUCCACCUGCACAGCCCAAACAGAACCGCGCCUCUCAGGAUGUGGGCUUCUGGGAGGAGGACAAAGAGGGAAGUGAAGCCGAGGAGCUGAGCGCAGAGGAUAUAAUCAAGAGGAACCGCUACUACGAGGAGGACGACUCUGAGUCAUAGGAACUUUGAAUUUAAUGUUCAUCUAACAUUUUACACUUUUGUCAGUUUUCUCAUCUCAUUUUAGAAGUAGAGCGCAAAUUUAGCUUUGCCAGGUGUCAUAGUUUAAAGGAGAGAUGCAAACAUAUAUGUGCAUAUAAAUUUCAAUAACUGCCUUUAAUCGUUUAAGUUUGAGUAUUUCUAAGUUGUAAAGGUACAGUGGUGGAAAUGGGAACAUUUAGCCAAAUCUAUCUCCCCCUACUCAACCCUCUUGCUGGAAGCUCCCCAAGUGACGGUGGCCAUGGAGGACAAAAGCUCCUGUGAAGCAUGAUGUGUGUGAUCCUUCAUACAUCUUUCAACCGGUGGAUUUUUGUUUGCUCAAUUUAAAAAUGAAUGUUUUAUUAGUUUGUCUUUCUGUGCUACAUUAGAAACAUGGGAGGGCACCUCCUCCUAUUUAAACAUAUAAAAGGCUCAUCCUAAAUAAACAAAAACAGGUGAUAAUACUCUAAUCUAAACAAAUAUUAAAUUCUGUUUUUGACAAAGUUUAUUCUGCUUCUAUAAACCACACACUGUACCUUUCCUGUAUGAUGUCUUCUUGAAAAUAUUUAACACAUCUUUUUUUUAUGUCUCCUGAUUUAACUAGAAGCGUGGCCUCCUUUAAAUUUGAUCACACCUCUUUUCUUUAAACCCCGUUUCUGAUGGCAGAUACUAAAACACAAUAUUUUAUGCUGCUUUUUAAGUCCUUUUUAAUGACAGCCAUUCGCUCUCUGCGCCUUUAUGUGUUUUUGUCCUUCCUAUAAAGCGGUAAAAGACUUCAAAAUCUAAAUGUGAGGCCAUUUUUCACACCGUCUUAAAGUGAAUGUUAACCUCAGUGAAAAUUUAACAUUUCCAGCAAACCUCCCUUACAACCUGUACAUCUCUUAUCUGAAGGUUGAAGACACUGUCGUUGUCGGUGUGAACAUGUACUCAGAGCUUUACUUUUGUGCCACUCUUAAAGAUUUUGAUUUCAUGGAAACUUCACUGACUGUGAAAGCUCCAAAGAGCAGACUGUUGAUGAGUCCAUACCUUCUAUUGGUCAGUCACAAGAAAAGCUAAUCCUUCACAGCACUUUCCUGCAGGGGGCGCUCUGGAUUUGUAAACAGCUACUGCAGCUGCAGAGGAAUGGCCAUCUUUAUCUCCAUCAUCGGUGUUCUUGUACUUAAAAGCCUUAAAAUAUUUUGAUUUAUCAGUCAGUGGGGCAUUUGUUUUAAAUAUUUUCACCCUGGUCUGGAUUUAAAAUAUGUUGGAAAAUAUAUUAAUCCAAAAUACAGCAUGUAUCAUCUCUUCUGGGCCUUCUGGAUUUUCUUGUAAUGUUGUCAAAUAUGAAACAUUUUUAUAUGAUAUGUAAAUCACUUUGUAAUCUUAAAUGCGCUUUGGAAUUUAUGUUUGCACUGCAAAAUAUUUUGUAAUUUGUAUACUGACACGAUGGACAUUAAAGUCUUGUUAAACAAUUAAAACGUACCUACAAGCACACUUA